AUGCUCGCUGUUUCGCCUCUCUGGCUGGCGGCGCUAGCCGUAUGGUAUUCCACUUCCGUUGAAGGUGGGCCACCUGAAUCCACCGCGCGCAAUGAACCUAUGAGACUCCGGCGUCUUGAUGGACCGUAUGGCGUUGGCUAUGGAAGAUGGGGGUUCCAAGGCAGUUACGGUGUGCCUCUCCCACAGCCUGGCUAUGCUGGCAAAGUUCCAGGAGUGUACACCAGACCACCCGGUGUGACACUGUUGCCGACCAACACCGGCGUCAUGUACCCGCGGCCGGUGCUUGGAGUGGUGGCUGACCAAAGAGUGUAUGCGGCGGGGCUUGCCACUGCAUCCAGUUUCACAACAGCUAUUGGCGGAUAUCCACAGGUCGCUAUAGCGGGAGCCGGUCCAGUGUUGGCCUCCCAGUCCUCUGCCAGUGUCCUUGCUGUGUCUCCCGGAGCUGAGGCUGCCGUUGUGACACAACCGUAUGUGAGCGACGCACUGGGUAGCCAAGCUGCCUCUGUUAACCAAGAAGCUGGCACGCCCGCGACAGGCAGCCCAUCUUCAUGCCCCGAACAAAGCAUAGGUGAUUUACUGGUGCUCGCGAACCGCCUACGCGAAGGCAACAUUCGGACGCGUCAAGCCGCAAUUGAAUUCCUCCAAUCUGACGCCGAUUAUAGGAACUGCAGCGUGGCGGCGCUUGCUUCGAUCGUCGAUAUACAGAACCUCGCGGAGUACUUGCUAGCCUCAAAGACACAAAAAACUGAAGAUUCCGUAUGGAAAGAGCUCAGAAGCAUAGCACAGCUGCGAUUUUGUUCGGACGAUGAGGUCUAUGCACUCUCCCGGCAAGCUCCGAUAAAGAGGAUUUACGAUCCCGAUGGCAUUCGCACUUCGACUCAUUCGCUAGGUGCGCCUGCUGACGAAACUGGCAGGGCGCGCAUGGAUGCUGGCGCCGACGAUUGGUGCCAGUUGCAACCAGAACAUCCACUGUGCCAGUACUGA